AGUCCAGGGGAAUAGAGGGGGUUGGUAGCCGAGCAUGCACUGGCACGGGGUGAGGCCGGUGGUGUUCUGCUCUUAGAAUUUUGUGCAUAAUCGGCCCAUGGGAGGAACUAGUUCCAGCUGUGUUGGUUGUCAUUACAAUAGGCCCGGAGAUAUCUCCCGAUAUCCUGUAUCUUUCCACUCAGUCUGUUUGUUGGUCUGGGGGUGAUAUCCUAAGGACAGUCUCACUGAGACUCAAGGAUCUUGAAGAAAGCCCUCCAGACAUUAGAGAUGAACUGGGGGUCACAGUUUUCCAGCGGCAGGUGAUGUGGAGUGUUGGUGAUGGAGGAGAUUCACCAUCCACUGAUAUAUUGGGAGACAUCCCGGGCCAUACUAGGCCACCAGUCCGCCGGCUGCCUGGGUGUCCAGAGCCCUGGGAAGCAUGAAGGGAGCCCAGAAGGGAGGAUCGUAAGGAGGUAGGUACAUAGGUUUACCUUCUGGGCCUCCCAGUGGAGCGGGUUCGGUCUGAGUGGCGAGAUGGAUUUGGUCAUCCAGUGUCCACUGGAUGGGGUUUACAAGGACGGCUGGAGGGAGUACUGGGUUCCGGUGUAAGGUUUUCUUCAGGAGCAUGCACUCGAGAGUGAAUCUCCUUGACAUUCUUGUCUCCGGGUUGGUAAUUGAUGUGAAACCGGGUAAAGAAGAGGGCCAAGCGUAACUGCCGGGGCUUUACCCUCUUGGCAUCGCAAAGAUAUUGGAGGUUCUUGUGGUCUGUAAUUACCGUAGAGGGGUGUUGUUCUCCCUCCAGCCAGUGCCACCAUUCCUCCAGUGCCAGCUUGAUGGCAAGCAGCUCCCGGUUGCCAAUGUCAUAAUUCCGCUCUGCUGGGGAAAGCUUCCGGGAGAAAUAGGCACAAGUAUGAAGUCGUGGAGGCUCUCUGUUGUAUUGAGAUCGGUGGUGAAAGCGUCAACCUCGGUGAUGAAUGGAAUUUGGGGAUCCGGGGAUCCGUGGGGUAACCGUUGUUGAGAGUUGGUGGCAUUCUGAGACUGUGUAGAUCAGGGAGCUGAGAAAAGAGUUAACUAGGGAGAUAGGGAAUCACAGGUUAAGGUAAUGUUUGUCAAGUAGGGAAUUUUUGAGACCAGACAGUGAGUGGGAUCUGGUGGGUGUGUUGGGUGGAGACUAUGGUGCUUAAGAUGUCACCCUGACAGCAGUGUCAUGAGCUGCUCUUUUUUUGUCAUGCAUUUAAUUGUUAACCGUGGUAUUGAUUUGUGUGUGUAAGUUCAAUAGUUCAGUAGUCCCCUCACCUGCUGGAGUGGCCGGAUAGCUAGACCUGUCUGCUUUGCUGUGUAGUGUUUUUUUCUCUUUUAAUGAUUCUUUCUUUAGAAAAAUCUAAUUUUGUCAUUCCAUUUAGCUUGGACUAUAUUCACAAGUGUUAAGUGUUUUAUGAUUGAUUAUAAGCUUUUUAUUAAUUUAUAAACCUACAUUUCUUACAUUAAGCCUAGUUGGAGAAACUCUGGUGUAAUGUAAUUUUUAAUGUUUUUUACUAUGUAUAUCAUUAUGGUAUGUUUAAUGCUAAAUUUAAAACAAGUUUGAUAUAAUCUGUAAUCAGUAACAGACUGCAAUUUGUUAGUAAUCUACAACACCUAACACUGCCUAACACUCACCUAAAAUGUGACUUGUAGUAAUCAAGGAUGCUUUUUAAGGCUGUUGUUCUUCUUCUCUGGUACUUUUAUUCUUUGAGUGUUUGUCUGAGACUGACAUCUAGUAGAUAUUUCAUGCUUUACAGACUCAAAGACACGCCUAUUUUACACACGUGACACAAACACAGAGCCAGGAAACAGGAAUCACAUGAUUUCAAGAGAAUAGAAACUGAAGCGUAUCUGAGCUGUCUCUGUAUUCAUGCAGUAAAAUGGCAGAAGCCAGAUUUUCUCAAGAUGAGCUUUCGUGUCCAGUGUGUCUGGAUCUCCUGAAGGAUCCAGUGAGCAUCCAGUGUGGACACAGUUACUGUAAGAUCUGUAUUACAGACUGCUGGGAUCAGGAGGAUCAGACGAGAGUCUACAGCUGUCCUCAGUGCAGAGAGACCUUCAGUCCAAGACCUGCUUUAGCUAGAAACACCAUGCUGGCUGAACUGGUGGAGAAACUGAAGAAGACCAGACUCUCUGCUGACUGUUACGCUGGAGCUGGAGAUGUGCAGUGUGACGUCUGUACUGGAAGAAAAUACAAAGCCGUCAAGUCCUGUCUGAUGUGUCUGAACUCUUACUGUCUGAAUCACCUCGAGCAACAUGAGAGUUUGUUUAAAGGAAAGAGACACAGUUUGACUGAAGCCACUGGACGACUGCAGGAGAUGAUCUGCCAGAAACACGAGAAGCUUCUUGAGGUUUUCUGUUGCACUGAUCAGAAAUGUAUUUGUGUGCUGUGUACGAUGGAUGAACAUAAAAACCACGACACUGUAUCAGCUGCAGCACAGAGGACAGAGAAACAGAAGCAGCUGAAGGAGACACAGAAGACGUUCCAGCAGAGAAUCCAGCAGAGAGAGAAAGAUCUCCAGCAGCUGAGAGAGACUGUGGAGUCUCAUAAGCGCUCUGCACAGACAGCAGUGGAGGACAGUGAGAGGAUCUUUACUGAGCUCAUCCGCUCCAUUGAGAGAAGCCGCUCUGAGCUGAUACGACUGAUCAGAGAUCAGGAAAAGACUGCAGUGAGUCGAGCUGAAGAACAACUGGAGAAACUGGAGCAGGAGAUCAAUGAUCUGAGGAGGAGAGACGCUGAGCUGGAGCAGCUUUCACACACACAGGAUCACAUCCAGUUCCUGCAGCGUUUCCAGUCUCUCUCAGCACCUCCUGAAUCUACAGACAUAAGUGAUGAUCUCUUCAGUUCUCUCAUCUCUUUUAAUGACCUGAGAGAAUCUGUCCAUCAGCUGAGAGACAAACUGGAGGAUUUCUGCAGAGAGGAGCUCAAGGAGAUCUCAGACAGAGUCGCAUUCACCAACAUUGAUCUCUGGACCAGGAAGGACUUCCUGAAAUAUUCCCAUCAGCUCACUCUGGAUCCUAACACAGUGAAUAAACACCUCCGUCUGUCUUCGAGGAAGAUAACCAUUACAAACACUGACACAGUCCAGAUCUAUCCUAAACAUCCGGACAGAUUUAAUGUGUGUCGUCAGGUGAUGUGUAUAGAGAGUGUGUGUGGACGCUCUUACUGGGAGCUGGAGUGGAGUGGAGAUGAACAUGGUGUGCGAAUAUCAGUGUCAUAUAAGAGCAUCAGCAGGAAGGGAGGAGGUGUUGAGUGUUUGUUUGGAUCUAGUGAUCAGUCCUGGUGUUUGUUCUGCUCUCCGUACAGAUAUUCAUUCAUUCACAAUAACAAACAGACUGAUCUCCCUGUAAAGUCCAUCAGCAGGAGAAUAGGAGUGUUUGUGGAUCACAGUGCAGGAACUCUGUCCUUCUACAGCGUCUCUGACACAAUGAGCCUCAUCCACACAGUCCAGACCACAUUCACUCACCCGCUCUAUCCUGGGUUUCAUGUUGGUUCUGGAUCAUCAGUGAUAUUGCGUCGAUGAAUCAGAAUAGACUGACGAGGGUUUCUAAUGUAAUAAAUAAAAGUCUUUACUGCUAUUUUUAUUACUCAAAAUAUCAGAUUACUCAGAAAUAAUCAGUAUUACAUGAUUACCGUUAUCAUUAGUUAUGGCUCUAUAUUAGCUAAAUGUUUUUAAAAUACAACUACAUUGUUUUGCUUUUUGCGAUUAAAAGACAAGUAUUUUGUCAUUGAACAUUUCUUAAAAAUGGUAUUAAAAUACCGUCUUGUUCUAGUAAACUAAGUAUCUGUAUUUUGUCUCAUUUCGUGAGCUAAGUGUAGUAAGUGUAUUAGUGUCUACAAGCGCGAUAUAGCUUAUAACUUUCCAAGUUUGCGAUAAAGCUUUUACUCUACAAGUCAGUCAUAUAUUCAUAAA